UUAAUAUAUAAUAUCUAUAUUUUACUUUAUGCAAAUUUGUACAUAUUAUAUGCUAAGAAUGACUUAGAAAGAAAGAGGACUAAGCUUAAAUGUCAUCAAAAGUUCUUUAGCUUAUAGAAUGAACCAUAAAUUUGUUUACUUUUUGCACAUUGCGAGGGCAUCUUAGUUAUCUUUCAUAAUCUCUAGACCAUUGAGUAGCUUCCACUUGUCUUAAUCUUUAUUAUCUCUAAAGUUCAUGGUCAAUUUGUUAUAUAUGUAAAUGGAAUCGAUUAAACUGCAGCAAGAGUGAAGAAAUGUGUUCCAUUAGUCAAUGUCAGCACUUUUAGUUCUUCAUUUUGGGUUGCUUAUUGGGUUCCUUCUGUAGAUUUGUCAGUUGUUAUUUCACUUUGGUCUGAAGCACAUCGAACGCCCUUGCAAAAAAAUGGGAACUAGUGGCUUUAAUGGCACAGCUCUAUUGUGCGGUCUCUGCAGUGUGGUUUAUAUAUUCUUUAUAACUUUUGCCAUAUUUACUCUAAUUAUGUGUUGAAAUUAUAUAUGUAUAUAAGGUUCAGUUUUCUU